UAACCCCCCCCCCCCCAAAAAAAAGUGUGUUGUCACAGAUAUCUCUGGAUUUCUGUAAGGUGCAAGUUUUGAUCGAAUUUAUAAACAAAAAUACUCCAUAGUUACAUGUUGAUUUCGACAUCUAAAAAUUGGUUUGAUCUGAAAUAGUUUGAUUUGAUAAAUGAGCAAACAUCCCCAGGUGACACCCUUUCCAUUGCAAAAUAUGGCACAAGGCAGGAUUCAUUUUCAAAUAGUUAUGAUUAAAAAAAAAAAUCAUUAAAUCAGCAAGUUCCGUUCAAUUUACUUUUUCUAAAUAAUAUAUAUUAAAGGCGAGAGGAACUGCAUCGACUGUUUAUUUAAAAAAAAAAAAAAAAAAAAAAAAAAAAGGAUAAAUGGCAUCUGAAAGAGUGACAAUGGCUCUCUCUACUGGAACAUUUUUGGUACUGCAAUCAAAUUGCUGCCGCGGAUCAUGGACGCGCAUGCGCAGAUUGUAACGUCCUGAAGGAAACGCUGUUGUCAUCUUGACCAAAUGACUUACUCAACUCGCAAAUUUAUGAGGGUCAAAACCGACUUCUUAGCGUGUGACGCCCACUCCUUAUGCUAGUUAAAUGCUACGCGACAACCUUACAGCACGACCUAAAUUGUUUGGUUGUAGCAAACUAGACUGGCGUGUAUGGAUACUGUCAAGCAGUUACUCAAUUGGCUAGAGCCGGAUACCCGUUCGACAGGCGCCUUCAUCGCCGGGGCUGCCACCUGCAUCGCGGGGGCUCUGGUGGUGCUGGCCAGGGCUGUCGAUGGGCGCCAGCACGCUGGGAAGAAGAUUCAGAGAGCCAGAAAACUCAGAGAUGACAGCCUGUCGAGAGCUGAAGAGAUUGUAUUUAACUACAACAGCUCGCAUCCAAAGAUGGAUUCAUCUCUCAUUUUGUCCUUGUCCCUGGCUGAACUUACAAAUAAACUGCAAGAUGGCCUGCUGAGACCAGAAGAUGUGUUUUACACCUACAUAUCAAAGGCUGUUGAUGUAAACAAAAAGUUGAACUGCUGUACAACCAUCCUGAUGGAGAGUUUUGAGCAUCUGAAAAGAUUGGAUUCCAACAAGCGAGGUCUCUUGUAUGGCAUUCCGGUCAGCAUCAAAGAAAAUAUUGCGUACAAGAACUAUGAUACCACCUGCGGUGUGCUCAUCAACCUGGACUGUCCGGUCAAAAAAGACGCUGUUAUUGUGGAAGUCCUAAGGAGACAAGGUGCCAUUCCCUUUGUGAAAACCAACGUCUCCCAAAGCAUGUUAAGUUACGACUGCAGUAACAUAAUCUACGGUCAGACGGUGAACCCCCACAACCUGGAGAAGACCAGCGGCGGUUCGUCUGGCGGCGAGGCAGCUCUCAUCAGCGGAGGAGGUUCCGUGCUCGGAAUAGGCUCAGACAUUGGAGGCAGCAUCCGCAUCCCAGCAGCUUUCUGCGGGAUCUGCGGCUUCAAGCCAACGGCGGGACGACUAAGCAAAAUGGGUAUAGGCAGUAUUUGUCCAGGGCAAAAAUCAGUGUCUGGAUCACCCGGGCCAAUAGCGAAGGACGUGGAUAGCCUGGCUUUGUGCAUGCAGGCGCUGCUUUGUGACCACAUGUUUGCUCUGGAUCCAACUGUCCCUCCUUUGCCUUUUAAAGUGGAGUUGUAUAAGACCUCCCAGUCUCUGAGAAUCGGCUACAUGGAGAGUGACGGCAUCACUCAGCCGACGCCGAGCAUGAUCCGAAGCCUCAGAAAAGUCCGUGUUUUGUUGGAGGAGGCGGGACAUACUCUGGUGCCGUACAGUCCUCUGAGGAUGAAGGAUGCACUUCAUCUCAUUUCUAAAGGCAUCUUUGCAGAUGGAGGGGUCAACCUGCUACAAAAACUGAAGGGAGGACCAAUUGAUCCUUCUCUCAGAUCACAAGUGUACCCUUUCUACCUUCCUUGCUGGCUGAGGAAGACCCUCUCCUUCCUAAUAAGGCCUUUGUCACCUCGUGGUUCUUUUCUCCUAUAUGGCACCACUGGAGUUGGAUCCAUCGCGGAACUGUGGGAUCAGCAUGCUGCCGUGCAGGACUACAUUCACGAAACCAUAGCCGAAUGGAGAAAGUGCAACAUCGAUGUGCUGCUAUGCCCUAUGUUUGGACCUGCCUACAACUUCUUAUACUGCAGCUCUCUUAGCUUUCCACUAUCUUACACGGCAAUCUACAAUCUGCUCAACUUUCCUGCUGGCGUCGUUCCCGUUUCCACAGUGACGACAGAAGAUGAAGAGGAACUUUGCCAUUACCAAGGCAUGUCUCAGGACCGCUGGGACAGGCUUUUCAAAAAGGCAUUGUCAGGAGGCCGUGGUCUGCCCAUAGCAGUGCAGUGUGUGGCCCCGCCGUGGCAGGAUGAGCUCUGUCUGCGCUUCAUGAAGGAGGUGGAGGUGCUUGUUAAACAGAGCAAGGGCUAUUAAAGCUUCUCUUAUCAGUCUCUGAAGUCAACGUCAGUACACUUGAGAUAAGCCUAUCACACAACCCUUUCCUUUGCACUGAUAUCACAUGACCAGUCAAAGUUUUUUACAUACUUUCUUGUAAUUUUGAAUGAGAAACUUACUGAAAAGCUUUGACUGGCGCGAUCGGGACUCAAAUGGGCGGAAACAAACUUCUUAAUUUGCUCUAGCUACACUCAUCGUUGUUAGUAACAAAGUGUCGGGAUACUUUUCAAAGUUAGAUUGUGGACGCCACUAAGUUAGAACUGUUGAAUUGCAGGAAGUCGGGUUACGUUUUGACUAAACGACAUUUACAUGCAAAGUUAAAGUGAAUUGACAAUCUUUUAAGAUGGUAAAAACUUAAAAGUAUGUACUGUACUACUCAGUGGGUCAAACUUGAAUGUGACAGGAAAAAAAAGAGCACCACCUGGUGGCAAACUACUGUACAAGGAUGCAAUGAUAAAGGAGUGGCUCAACUAAUGAGUUUCUGAGAUUCGAGCUUUUAUUUACUGUGACUUGAUAUAAUUAUCUUGAGGAACAAGCACUGCAUGGUAGUAGUAUUUUGAUUUGAAGUCCGCUAUCUUAAAGCUAACAAUGAAGGCAUUUACAGUCAUUUAAAUGAGAAACGUGUUGUGAUUUACAAGAGAAGCUGUGAAUAAUAAUUAACUUGUCUUUCAAGGCACCGUUUCAUAAUUUUGUGUGUGUGUGUGUGUGUGUGUGUGUGUAUCCACUCCAUUUUCCAUAUUUCAGACUUUAACAUAGAGCUAAGCUUAAACAAGCUACACAUUUUGGUUUUUCAACUAAUCCAUGAACAAGCUUCAGUUUUCGUAUUUAAUUGAUUUUUGUAUGGAAUAAGAACAAUCAAUUUGACUGACACAUGAUCAAGAAAGGUUUAUUUUGAAGAAAAAAACAAAACAAAGCAUGCAAGAGAAAAAUAAAGUGCACUGCAUUUGUCAUCCAUUGUGCUCUAUAAUUAAUGAUACCUGAAUAAUCCAAAUAAUAAAGAUUUUAUGCACAUUAUGUAUUCUUCAAGAUGUAGUUUCCAACCCCCGGUUGCACUACCCAAGAUGGCCACAGACUUCGCACGCUGUUAUUGAAAGGGAGCACUAGUCACCUUUUCCAAGACGAUAAUAGACGUCCAAUGGGGUAUUGCACGCUACACGUGACUUCCGCUCAUUAAUAUUUAUGACGUUAGCUUCUGUGGCUCUGCUGUUAGCUAAGGGGGGACAAGCUCUUGUUUGUCCCCAAUAGGAAAUGAAUGGGAAUAGUGUCCGAAGCAGAUGUUUACAGAGCUAAACCUACCAAUUCUGUCCGAAAAUGAUGUCCCUGGUGCUAAAUUCACUGGUAAAGAUGUGGAAAAACAUACAAAUGUUCAGUUAAAGAGAUGGCUUGAGUGUCGACGGCUGAAAAAUAUGGAAAAAAACGAGCCGACCUAAGCUUACCCUUAGCUUUUUUAUCGACACCUUUUUCUUACGCCACUGACAAUGACAUUUUCCUAUUACAACAAUCUAUCCUUUACCACCAUAAGCCCCAUCUUUCUUAUAUAUUAUAUCCUCUGGUUGUCUUACGUCUCUGACCAUUCUUUCGGAGGGACAUUGCCGUUUUUGUGUAGCGAUCGCAAAUACUACUCGUUGACAGCCAACGAACACUUCAUUUUUUCAUUAAUAACAAAUGUUAAUUCUAUUAAUUUAUUUACACUUCCCCUUACUAAAGUUGUUUCUUUACAACAGAAAAGGUAACAACGGUGGCAGUCAGAUACCACUUUAAUUUUUUUUUCAGGUCAUUCAUUGUCAGAUAGAAGCAGCACGGCAAAACGCCACGCUGAAAAAAUAAGUCAAAAUAUCAAAAUGGCUUACCUCUUGGCCCAAACCAAAUGUUUACUGGAUAUAAAAUGUGAACUGCUUUACUUUGCUGGCGUUAAACUGGUCUUUUAGACGUCUGUGCCAUAGUAGCAUAGUAGCUCCAUUCUUCACAUUUUUUUCCUCCUAGUUUUUGGUUCCGGGAGAGUAAGAAGAAAACAUCCUUUAUAUGUUGUAAUGUCUAGAGUCGUCUCUACAAGUUCCAUAGUAGCAGUGAAUAAUGGGCAUGUCAUUCUUUGAAAGAGUACCGCAGAAAGAAGGCCGAAAUAUAAUUGAUUGCAUGCGAGGGAGUGUAUAUAAUGUCCUACUUCCGCUUUACGAUGCGACGUCACGGUCUAAAAAUAGCCUGCAUGCGGUACGCUAUUUUAUGGCAUCCAAACAUCAUUCUUCUCUAAAUUUAAAAUGAGUUUAUAUUUGGUCGAUUUCGUAUCCAUUUGAAGGGGGAGGGUGGAGGUAAAUGAAUGAUCCUUCAUUCGCAGCCAUCUCUCCUCUUUUAAAUGGAUUAGACGUCUAAUACC